AGCACAGGGGAGGACCCGUCUGCCCUGAUUUCGCAUGUCGUCAUCAAGUCUCUAUGUGAGACGUUAUGCAGUACCUGAUUUAUCGCUGUGCCAGGCGCGGGUCGUCCCGGAUUGGGCCCUUAGAGAUGGUACCCGUAGAUUACCGUCGAAUUUAUCUCGCAGCCUCCCGUCCGCAGCGUACCAUCAUAAUCUCUUAAUCUUGGUCGUCCUUACAAUUUCUUCAGUCCUUUGCGACGUCCUGGAGGAGCAAUUGACACCCACUGCUCGGGUUACAUACCAUGCUUUUCCGCGUCUUGUUCUUUAUACCAGCGCUUCUGUUUUUCAGUGGUACUCUUGGCCUUCAGCAGGCAAGGAAACACGAUGAUGAUCUACCAGCGCAACCGUCAGGCUCGAGGUAAAAGCCUGGAUAUCCGUCCUUCUCCAAUACCGACCGUUGACACUCAUCCAGGCUUCCUCACCUGAAGCCGUUGUCCCUUGAGCAGGCAACGGCGAUGAAAAGCCUUGCCCAAACAUAUCUGGCCACCAUGGAGGACCUGGGCGUCGAAACCUGGUUGAUGCAUAGCACGCUGCUCGGGUGGUGGCGGGACAAGCGCGUGCUACCCGGAGACCUGAACAUCAGCGUACAGGUCUCAGAACUCGGCAUAUUCUUCCUCGCCGCAUACUACAACAUGUCCACGUUCUACUUCAAGAACCCCGACCUGCCAAAUGGCCGUAAAUACCUGCUGCAACUGAGCCGGCAUGCCAGGGACCGCGAUCCGCCCGAGGGGCUGGAUCCAGUCGACGCACGGUGGACCGACAUCGAGACUGGUCUCUCCAUCGACGUGUACGCAGUCCGGUAUAAUCUGACCCACCCCGGAGGCGAGGGCAUGCUGAGCUGCAAGGACGGCAGUGAAAUCCGGGAUACGUAUCUCUUCCCGCUGCAGAAGACGACCUUCGAAGGAGUUCCGGCCAGGAUUCCGUAUCGGUCCCGGGAGCUACUAGUCGCGGAGUACGGGGUGACGGCGUUGGAUGAAGCCGGACAAGAGUAAGGCGCACCCUCGUGGAUGCUUCACCCGCCAACUUCAGCUAACCCUCUCUGGCCGAAGCCUCCGGUUUGACGAGGACGGAACACAGGUGACGCUGAAGGGAGAAUUGUAUGCUUAAUCCCGCGAGGACAGCAAGGCGUUAGCGUUAAUGCAAUAAAUACCUGGCUCUGUAGUUUCAGUGCCCUAUUUUUGACCUGGGCAAGGCCGGGAGCGAUCCGGCUUGGCAGUCGG